GUACCGGGGACGGCGACUCAAGUAACUUACUCAAUCUAUCCAAUUCCUCGUCAUGGUUUUGAUGUAAGAAAUAAUGAAGGUGCUCCAGUGUUUUCGUUUUUGCGCGGAGGAAACACCGUAACCAACUAGGUACUUAGGUACCAAGCUAAUCCAAGACCAGUUAAGUAAGCAUCGUGCCGCGGCCGCGGCUUACCGGUAUUCGACCGCCCGUAAGAUUCGAGGAGAUCAGCAUGCGGAGACCAUAACUAUCUCAGCCACAAAUCUGCGUCGCACGGAUAUCGAAACCUCCUGACAACCUUUUGGGCCGACGUCCUGUCCCCCUCUAACUGAUCAUAACCUGUAUUGGUGGAGCUGAAUUGCAAUUGAAUGCGCUGAAUUCGUCGGCUGUUUUUUCGGACACUGCCCUAGCUCUGCUCUUAUGGAGAACAGAGGAAGGUACAUCCUAGCCACAAACAGCACGACUGCUUAAGGAUGGCUAAGGAGGGGAAUGGACGGCCAGAUGCUGGCCUGAGAAGUUUAAACCACUAUCAGCAUCGAUUGCCAAAAUGGCGGUACUGGACUCGUCAGAAACUCCUCCCUCUAGUUCGAUACGAGACGCCGUAUCUAGCAUGGUUCCAGGAAAAGAUGCGAACACCAUCUCUGGACACGUGGUUCGCUAUCACGGCAAAUCUGGGAACGCAUACUUUCUUCAUGAUCUUCUUGCCGAUUCUCUUCUGGUGUGGAUAUACUAGUCUGGGUCGCGGGAUGGUGCAUAUACUGGCCUCUGGUGUCUUCUUCAGCGGGUUCAUCAAGGACCUAUUCUGCCUCCCCCGACCUCUCUCGCCUCCCUUGACGCGAAUCACCAUGUCCGGUUCCGCAGCUCUCGAAUAUGGCUUCCCGUCUACCCACUCGACAAAUGCGGUCUCGGUUGCUGUCUAUGCAAUGUACCUCCUGAGAUCGCCGGAAACUGUUAUGUCCCCGUUGCUCAACACCGUUCUUCAAGGCACGCUAUACCUCUACGUCUUCUCCAUUGUUAUCGGCCGCUUAUACUGUGGAAUGCAUGGAUUCUUUGAUGUUGUUAUCGGCUGCGCCCUUGGCGCCUUUAUCGCCUUAGUGCAGUGCAGAUAUGGGGAAGAUUUUGACGCAAUGGUUGUGUCGGGGUCAUUGAAGCAAUUGCUUCUCAUCAUUUUCAUUAUCCUGGUUUUUGUCCGAAUUCAUCCAGAACCGGCGGAUGAUUGUCCAUGUUUCGAUGAUAGCGUUGCUUUCGCGGGGGUUGCUGCUGGUUGUGAGGUUGCCUAUUGGCACUACGCGCAGACGAGCUAUUCAUGGUCAGAGCCUAUACCGGGUACUGUUCCUUAUCAGCUUGAAAGGAUGGGCUUAUUCAAGACCAUAGUCCGUCUCACUCUUGGUGUGCUUGCUAUCUUCGCCUGGCGGGGGAUCAUGAAGCCGUCUCUUCUGCGAAUUCUGCCACCGAUCUUCCGAGGAUUGGAAAAACUGGGUCUGAUUCUUCCCAGAAGAUUUUUCACGAGAGCAUCGGAAUAUAAGAAGGUCCCCGGCCACUUGAAGGAUGACGAUGUGCUUCCCAGGAUUUCAGACAUCCCAACAAUACUCACUUCUAUUCGACACCCUAGACGCAGGGCCGUGUCUGUUGGCCCUCAAUCCGAGGCUGAUGCAUACGAGACAUUAGCGUACCGGGAGAAGCGUCGCCGGGAGAGCGUGUCUUCUGGCCAGCCCGGGACCCCCAGUGUUAGCAGGGGAUCACCGAUGACUCCAUUGUCUGAUGGCGAUCAGAAACCAGGCUUGGCCUCAGUAGGUGAGGGAUCUGGCCUUACUCAACGGAAACAAACCAAGCUGGAGGAAUACGAGAACAUGAUGGGCACGGGAACCCCACGCUACAGCCCCGAAGUCGUUGCCACUGGCGAGCGGAGUUCUGUCGUUGCAACCACCCCGUCUAACCCUGCUGAGUAUGGUCCAGAGGGUCCUAAUGAGGAGGAAAUGUUCUCACGGCUAUUGAAACCUCGGGUACGGUAUGACGUGGAGGUGGUCACUAAGCUUAUUGUAUACUCCGGAAUUGCAUGGCUGGUGUUGGAAGGCUGUCCUAUCCUGUUUGAAAUUAUAGGACUUGGAGGAAGGGACUUGCAGUGAAGUGAUGACGAUGCAGCUGGUCUAUGGCCUCAGCAGGCUGGGUCAGAGAUCUCGAGCCCAUGACCUUGGGGAUGCGGCACGGACUGUUCAUUUUCUUGUAUUAUAUUAUCAUGGAAUCGGUAUCUGACUUUCAUGAGAUUAGAUCUUCCUUCCUGUUUUUGGGAUGUGGUCUAAGUGUAUGACGUCUUCUAGAAUGAUUACUUUUGUCUGUAUCUCGAUUUUGUACUUCUCAUGUUUCUAAUGCGCCCGGAGCAUGUCCUGGGAUUGAAAUUUCCGAUGAAUUCGCAUUUUCCCCUCGAUUCACCCAAAAUCAAGUUUCACGGUAUCAAGAAGGGAAUUCCCGUAACCUGGGGAUUUCCUGCAAAUGGAACUCCCUCCGUGCUCUACUUGUAGCAUACUAGCCU